GUUCAUGUCGUCGAGGUGUUCGACUUGUUGCAUUGCCAGUCGCGGUAUCCAAAUUCGCCAUGCUCCCGGGGGCCGCGCAGACCACCGCGUCGGCGGUGUCGUAGCGCGAGCGGUCGCACGGCCACAUGCGCAUGGCCAGGCCGGCGCUGAAGACGCUCACCACCGGGCCACCGGAAGCCAAGGGCGAGUUCAUCCGUCUCUGCUCAAGCGGCCGCCUCAAGGAUGCCCUCCACCACCCCUUCCGGGACGUCCUCUGGUCGGACCCUACCCUCUUCGCCCACGUCUUCCGGGCCUGCCGCGCCAUCCCGCUCCUCCACCAGCUCCACGCCUUUGCCGCCACCUGUGGCGCCGCCGCCGACCGCUUCACCACCAACAACCUCAUGCUCGCCUACGCGGACCUCGGCGACCUCCCCACUGCGUGCAGUCUGUUCGAGAGAAUUCCGAGCCGGAACGUCAUGUCCUGGAACAUUCUGAUUGGGGGUUACAUCAAGAACGGCGACCUUGGAAGCGCUCGGAAGCUGUUCGACGAAAUGCCCACGAGGAAUGUCGCCACCUGGAAUGCCAUGGUCGCUGGGUUCACCAAUGCAGGGCUUGACGAGGACAGCUUGGGGUUCUUCCUUGCCAUGCGAAGGGAGGGAUUGCAUCCUGAUGAGUUUGGCCUUGGGAGCGUGUUCAGGUGCUGUGCUGGCCUCUCCGAUCUUGUCUCUGGACGCCAGGUCCAUGCAUAUGUCGUGAGGUGUGGGAUGGACAUUGACAUGUGUGUUGGGAACUCGUUGGCUCACAUGUACAUGCGGUCUGGAUGCCUUGCAGAAGGAGAGGCCGUCCUCAAAGCGCUUCCUUCUCUUACAGUUGUGUCAUUCAAUACCACAAUAGCUGGUAGGACGCAGAAUGGAGACUCCGAGGGAGCAUUGGAGUAUUUGUCCCUGAUGAGAGGUAUUGGGCUAGCGGCAGAUGUGGUCACAUUCGUUAGUAUUAUUACCUGUUGCUCAGAUCUGGCAGCUCUCGCACAAGGUCAGCAAGUUCAUGCACAGGUUAUCAAGGCUGGAGUUGACAAGGUUAUUCCAGUCAUUACUUGCCUUGUGCAUAUGUACUCUCGAUGUGGAUGCUUGGGUGACUCGGAAAGAGUUUAUUCUGGUUAUUGUGGAUUAGAUCUUUUUCUUCUCAGUGCAAUGAUCUCAGCUUGUGGGUUCCAUGGGCAAGGACAUAAAGCAGUUGAGCUGUUUAAACAGAUGAUGAAUGCAGGGGCAAGACCUAAUGAGGUUACUUUCUUGGCCCUGCUAUAUGCGUGCAGCCAUAGUGGUCUGAAAGAUGAAGGCUUGGAGUUCUUUGAGCUUAUGACCAAGACUUAUGGGCUGCAACCAAGUGUGAAACACUACACUUGUAUUGUGGAUCUUCUCGGGCGAUCAGGUUGUCUGGAUGAAGCAGAGGCCCUUAUCUUGUCAAUGCCUGUACGUGCUGACGGGGUCAUAUGGAAGACACUGCUAUCUGCUUGUAAGACCCAGAAGAAUUUUGACAUGGCCGAGCAGAUAGCAGAGCGAGUCAUUGAGUUUGACCCUCGAGAUUCUGCGCCUUAUGUUCUGCUAUCAAAUAUUCGAGCUACCAGCAGGAGAUGGGGAGAUGUCAGUGAGCUAAGAAAAAACAUGAGGGAGAAGAACGUGAGAAAGGAACCUGGUGUCAGCUGGGUAGAGCUUAAGGGUCAGGUGCAUCAGUUUUGCACAGGAGAUAAAUCUCAUCCAAGACAAGGAGAGAUCGAUGAGUACUUGGAAGAAAUGAUGGCCAAGAUCAGGCAAUGUGGAUAUGCACCAGACAUGAGCAUGGUGUUCCAUGAUAUGGAGGAUGAGGAGAAAGAGGUUAGUUUAACUCACCACAGCGAGAAAUUGGCGAUAGCAUUUGCGUUUCUGAGCUUACCUGAAGGAGUUCCUAUCCGAAUAAUGAAGAAUCUACGUGUGUGUGAUGACUGCCAUGUUGCUAUCAAGUUGAUGUCCCAGGUCACUGGUCGAGAGAUUGUGGUCAGAGAUGUAAGCCGCUUUCACCAUUUCAGAGAUGGCAAAUGCUCCUGUGGAGAUUAUUGGUGAUGAGAGCACUCAACUGUGUGUAUCUUUUCCAUCUGCUGUGGGGAACAAGAUUAUACUUGGUUCAUGGAAUUUUUGAAGUCAGCAGGUUUUCAUGGAGUUUUUGAAGUCAGCAGGAUGGUCAUAAAGUUGGAUCACGUGUUGCUGGAGCCUGGAGGUUCUGAUCCUUCUGAGAGCAUGACAGUAGGAACUAUCGGUGCAAUUAUACCUGGAGCAACAAUGGUGUGGCGCUACAAAAUGGAAGGCAAGUGUCUCUUUUACUUGUCAUGCAAUAAUUCUGAUUGGAAUGUCAAGUGACAUUGUUUUUAUUUUUCAUUUCGCUGGAUGUAUAUUUUGGCCAAUAAGAACAGUGGCCAGGGUCCACAGGCAGCUGCAUAUAUGCAUUGUGCAAUAGUUCCACUGAAUCUCGUUAUGCAUUGAAAUUAAUUUUGGGUUUUGUCUUUCAUUUGGCUGUGCUUGGUUUUGUAUAAGAUUGAUAGUUAAUUUUUCCUUUUUGAGGUCAUGGCGUUUAUUUGUACAAAUUGACAGCAUUGUUUGCAGAUUCCUCUGGUUUCUUUCUGUUCCCUCUUGCUGCUCAUCCAUUUGAUCUCUUGAUCCACUGGCAAUUAUGCAGAAAGGGUAUUAUG